AUCAUCUACCUUUAUCUAUUCUCAGUCAUAGUUUUAGAUAGACAACUAUUUGAACAAUAUGAAAUUGUAUUCAUUUCUCAUCCUGGCUGGUGUUGCAAUUUCCAUUGCUCAUUGCAAAAUUAGUAUCAAAGACUGUGGGUCAAAAUGUGGCAAGAUAGAUUCUAUUGCAGUAACUGACUGCAAUACUUCACCAUGCAAGCUAAACAAGGGGGAAACAUACACCUUCAAUGUCACUUUUACACCAAACGUAGCAGUCAAUGCAGCCAAAUCAUUUGUGUAUGGUAUUCUGGAUGGAUUAAAAGUUCCAUUUCCAAUUUCCCAGCCCAACGCCUGUGUUGAUAGCAACAUAAACUGCCCGAUGAGCAAAGGUACAUCAUACACAUACAGUGCAAAGCUGCCAAUCAAGUCUCUCUAUCCCGAUGUUAAAGUGGUCGUUGAAUGGAACUUGGAAGACACCGAAAAAAAUGAAAGCAUUUUCUGCUUGUUGACCCCCGUUGAAAUUGUUGGUUAGAUCUGUCAUUAUCAACUGCACCAAGUUGAAGUUUAUGCAGUCCGAACUUACUAAUUCAUUAUACUUGUGUAUAUUAUUAAUCAAUGAUGUGUUCUUUUGGAAAUUAAUCUUGUUUUAACAUUGCACAGUUUUCAACUGACUUACAUUGUGGAUACACAACUUUGAGCUUUACAACAUUAACAUUUAUCAUAUAGGAAUACAAGUUCAUAAAAAUAGUCACACUGUGUCAUACUGUUAUUUACCCAUAUUUUGAUUAUUAAACUGAUAAUCGUAGUAUGUCAAGGUUGCUCAAUUAUGUGUAUAUAAUAAAUUUAAGUAUGAAAUCAAUAAAGUUAUUGUUGUGGCA